GGUAUCCUCUCCCACCUCGCACACUCGCCGCCGCCUUCCGCCGUCGGCCUCGUCCCGUCCUUGCCACGGCCUCCAGCGGCGAGAUCCAGCCGGGAGCGGGCAGUUCCUCGCAGGCACCGGAAGAUUCGCCCCCACCGCCGCCUCCCUCGUCUACCCAACGUUCAAGUCGAAGCACCGCGGGGGCGACCCGGGCGACCGGGAUCCGGGGUCCCGCCCACCACCGUGGCAGGGACCCGGGCUCCCGGCGGACGCCGACUCCCGCCGCCCGGGUGCAGCGCGCUCGUGGCGAUCCCGCUAGUCUCCUGCGGCAGGUUUGGACUUCGGAGUCAGCGGUAUGGAGGGCUGCCGCGACGCCAAGAGGGGUGCCGCGGCUACGGCGGCGGACGACCUCCCCGACGACGCCGUCGUGGAGAUCCUCUCCCGCGUCCCCGUGAGGUCCAUCCACCGGUUCAAGUGCGUCUCGAAGCGCUGGCGCGACCUCAUUGCCGACCCCCUCCACCGGAAGCGGCUCCCCCAGACGCUCGAAGGAUUUUUCUGCAGCGACGGAGGCGGAUUCGGCUGGCGCUUCAUCAGCCUGCCGGGGAGAUCCGCGCCUCCCGUUGACCCUUCCUUCUCCUUCCUGACGAAGCUGCCCGGGAUCGAGAACAUCAAGCUCUUGGGUUCCUGCAAUGGGCUCCUCCUCUUUGAGCAUGGCCGGAAACCGGACACGGCACCGGCCUACGCCGUUUGCAACCCUGCCACUGGGGAAUGGGUGGCCGUGCCCAGCGCCGGCUGUCGCUCUCCUGAUCGCCUGGAAGAGCGCACCGAGUUGAUUUUUUAUCCGGCUGUAUCGCCACACUUCCACUUGGUCCAUAUCUGCCAUGAACAUGUUAAGCUUGAGGUGCGUGCCUACUCGUCCGAGACCAGGGUGUGGAGUGACAUGGUAAGCCAAAAGAGUGGAUGGCAGGAUGGUGGAUGGAAACAAUGGGUUAAUGGUGGAGCCAUGCUGAGAUCCACGUUCCGUGGUGCCUUUGUCAACGGCAUGCUGCAUUUAAUCACCUUCCGUUCUGAGUAUCCUUGGGAGAAUCAAAUAGUUGCGGUGGAUAUCAAAGGGAAGACGAGUAGCAUCAUUCCCUGGCCAGAUACGAGCAGUUGCCCACUUUUUGUUGGUCAAUCCCAAGGGCGCCUUCAUUGCGUGGGUAGACUUGAUGAAUGGGAAAGAAAGUGUUUAAAAUGGGCUGGCCUGUCCAUUUGGGUUCUUGAGGACUAUGAUACAGGAGGAUGGGUCCUCAAGCACAGGGUGAGCUUCUUGAAGCUGUUUGGACAAAUGAGUCGCUAUGUUUAUGAAAGAUAUGAGCUCGCCAUUCAUCCGGAUCGCAACAUGAUUUUCCUUACUGAAUUGAGCAACCAGAAGCUGAUGGUAUAUGACAUGGACAAUGAGAAUUUGGAUGCCUUCCACACUCUUGGACACAACUAUGGGUCUCUUAUUCCAUAUGUUCCCAAUUUCUUGAAUUUGGUGCUUACAAAUGAGCAUUGAAAUGUUGAUUUUGGAGUACACAUGGGCAUAUUCUUCAGGAAAUUGAUCCCAUGUAUGGAAAAUCUAGCAUGUAGCAUCCUUAGUAGCGAGUAAUAAUUACUAAAUGCGAGUUCUUGGUUGCUCAGUGCUUAUUUAUGCUGAACAAGCUAAUCUACCAUAUAUUGUAAGCAAUGCAUGUAUCAGAAAAGCUUAAAUAUAAAACUCUGUCAACUGUCAUAUUAAGACCGAAAGCUGCCCAAUUAUAUAGUUUCCAGACCCGGUUUGGCAGAGACGCAGAAGAUGAAUGUGUUACAGUUUUUAUAGAAAAUUUUUCUUUGUUGCAUCUAUCAGUAAUUGAGACAGUAAUAUUCAA